UUUUUUUUCUCACACACGCCUUUCCCUCCUCCCACUUUCUUUUUUUUAACCCUUUUUUAUACUCUUUGGACUUUAAUAGUCGACGCUAUAAACAAAAAAAGCAAACCAGCUUCACUCUCCUGAAAUGUCCGCUACUGACGCAAACGGUUCGACCAAGUCCACGACUGUGGCCAACGGAGGCAUUGGAAUUGCCAAUCUGCCCAAUCAGCUGCACAAGAUUGUCACCAAGAAGGGUACCAACUUUUCUCUGAUGGUCGUCGGUGAGUCCGGCACAGGUAAGACCACCUUUAUCAACACCCUGCUGACCACUGAGCUCAUUGAGCCCCUGGAGGAUGCCGCGCGCCGCAAGAAGCAGAUGGACAAGACUGUCGACAUCAACAUCCACAAGGCCGAGCUCGAGGAGAAGAUGUUCAAUGUGAAGCUCAAUGUCGUGGACACCCCGGGAUUCGGCGACUACGUUGACAACAACGACUGCUGGCUGCCGGUCGUCGAUUUCAUUGAGAACCAGUACGAGCAGUACCUGCGCCAGGAGCAGCAGCCGGUGCGCAAGGGCAUUGUUGACAUGCGCGUUCACGCCUGCCUGUACUUUAUCCGUCCCAACGGCCACACUCUUAAGCCACUGGAUGUGCGUGCCAUGAAGGCGAUUGGCGCCCGCGUCAACCUGAUCCCUGUCAUUGCCAAGGCCGACACCCUGUCUCCAGCGGCGCUGCGGCAGUUCAAGAAGCGUGUGAUGGACGUCAUUGACGCGCAGAGCAUCCGCAUAUACCAGCCGCCGGUCGACAGCGACGACGAGUACACGAUGGCGCGCAACAAGGAUAUCAUUUCGGCCGUGCCCUUUGCCAUCAUUGGCAGCGUGCAGGAGGUCAAGACGCAGGACGGUCGCAUGGUCAGGGGCCGCCAAUACCCCUGGGGUGUUGCCGAGGUCGAGAACGACCAGCACUGCGACUUUAAGAAGCUGCGCAGCCUGUUGAUCCGCACUCACAUGCUUGAUCUGAUCUCGACCACCGAGGAGGUGCACUAUGACAAGUACCGGACUACGCAGAUGAAGACGCGCAAGUUUGGCGAGCCCAAGCCUAGAAAGGCCGAUAACAAGAAGUUCCGCGAGGAGGAGGAGAUGCUGCGCAAGCGUUUUACCGAGAAAGUUAAGCUGGAGGAGAACCGCUUCCGCCAGUGGGAGCAGAAGCUGAUUGCUGAGCGUGAUCGCCUGAACAAGGAUCUCGAGCAGGAGCACAACUUGGUCAAGCAGUUGGAGAGCGAGAUUGAGGCUAUUGCUAGUGUCAACUCGCCUAAUGGAAAGUUCUUCCGCAAGUAAGAUGUUUUAAGCGCAUUAUUGUUCCUUCUUUCUUUCUUUUUUUCUCCACAAAUUUUUUUCCCACUAAUUUCAUAAAUUUAGCUCACUACUUUAGCCUGGCUUCUUUCAUUUACAGUUUCUAAAGGCACAUUAUUCACAUUAAAUCUUUUUUAUAAAAGUAUCAAGUACGCUUGUGAAAACAUGUAAAAGCGCAUAUAUGCGUAUGCGUAUGCGUAUGCGU